UUCAUAUUUAUAAAAUCAGUGCUUUUGAAGCUCUUUAUUUGUGUUUUCCUCAUCCGCCAUUGCAGCUCCUCCAAACAAAGCUUUCUCCAUCCAUGGCUGCCUCCGCCGAGAUGGCUCUCGUCAAGCCCAUUUCAAAGUUCUGCUGUAGAACUCUCGAAUUCGGAAUCCCUAGAACAAGAGCAAUUCCAUUCUCUUACUCCAAAUUCACCGCCAUUAAAAUGUCUGCAACUUCCUCUCAAUCGCCUCCCAAGCCUUCUAAGAACGCCAACAAGGCUGCGAUUAAGGAGACGCUUCUCACUCCUAGGUUCUACACCACUGAUUUUGAUGAGAUGGAGACGCUUUUCAAUACUGAAAUCAACAAGAAUUUGAACCAAGCUGAGUUUGAGGCUUUGCUCCAGGAGUUCAAAACUGAUUAUAAUCAGACUCAUUUUGUGAGGAAUAAGGAGUUUAAGGAAGCUGCUGAUAAAAUGCAAGGAGCUCUUAGAGAUAUUUUUGUUGAGUUUCUUGAGAGGUCUUGUACUGCUGAGUUCUCUGGGUUUCUUCUCUAUAAAGAGCUGGGAAGGAGGCUUAAGAAAACCAAUCCAGUGGUGGCUGAGAUUUUCUCUCUGAUGUCCAGGGAUGAAGCCAGGCAUGCUGGGUUUUUGAACAAGGGCCUAUCAGAUUUCAACUUGGCAUUGGACUUGGGAUUCCUGACAAAGGCUAGAAAAUACACAUUUUUCAAGCCAAAGUUCAUCUUCUAUGCUACAUACUUAUCUGAAAAAAUUGGAUACUGGCGAUACAUAACCAUUUACAGACAUCUCAAAGCCAACCCUGAGUUCCAAUGCUAUCCCAUUUUCAAGUACUUUGAAAAUUGGUGUCAGGAUGAGAACAGGCACGGUGAUUUCUUCUCUGCAUUGCUCAAGGCACAGCCUCAGUUCCUCAAUGACUGGAAGGCUAAGUUGUGGUCUCGAUUCUUCUGCUUAUCGGUGUAUGUGACAAUGUAUCUCAAUGACUGCCAAAGAACAGCAUUCUAUGAAGGAAUUGGACUUAACACUAAAGAAUUUGACAUGCAUGUAAUCAUUGAGACUAACCGAACAACGGCAAGAAUCUUCCCAGCCGUACCAGACGUCGAGAAUCCCGAGUUCAAAAGGAAACUGGACAGGAUGGUUGAGAUCAAUGAGAAGCUGAUUGCUGUGGGAGAAACCAAUGAUCUUCCAUUGGUGAAGAACUUGAAGAGGAUUCCACUUGCUGCAGCAUUGGUAUCUGAGAUUUUGGCUGCAUAUUUGAUGCCUCCAAUUGAGUCGGGAUCUGUUGAUUUUGCAGAAUUUGAGCCUCAACUUGUGUAUUAAAAUUUUUGUACUUAAUUAGCUUAUCUUUUUAGUAUGUUCAGUAUGAAUGAGUGUAAUCUGUUGUUAUGUAAUGUUUGUAAAAAUAUCAUCACAAACAUGUAAUGAAUUGGUCUUAGUUAA